AUGAAAACUCAGUGCAUUAAAAAGGGAGAAGUAUUACAAUUUAAUAUUACUACUUUAAAGAAAAGAAACAAUACAAUUACUUGGGAAUCCUAUCAAAGAGUUCAACAUAAUAAUCCUGACUUUAUUAGAGUUCUUUUGAAAAAUCAAAAUAAGAUUAUUUUUGAAAAGAAAUAUAGAGCAGUUAUUAAUCAAGAAUGUUGGGGAUUUAUUAGUUGUUUAUGUAAUAAAGAAGAUUGUACUAAUCAAAAAAUUAAAGAAAUUAUUCAAAAUAAAUUACAAUGCAAAGAAAGUGAUAUUAUUGAAUUUCAUUUAAUUAAACAAAAUAUUUAUGCAAAUCCUGAUGAAUGUAACUCAAAACAAUGGAUAGUUAUUUGUACUAUAAAUUCUCAUUUUUUGAAUGAAUUACAGAAAAAUGAAAGAUAUUUAGUAGUGGAUAUGAAAGAUUUAAACUAUUUAUCUAACUUUGAAAAAACAUCAAUAAUUCUUUUUGAUGAAGAAGUGUUUACAUUUCUUUUUCAUUCAUUUUAUCUUGAAUUUGAAUAA